AUGACGGGUACCAAAAGAGGUUGUCUGGCCUGUGGAGGAAAUGGUUGUGGGAGAAACAAGCUGACUAUGAAAGAGUUCGAUACUGCUGAACAGUUGGCUAUCAAGUUGAAACCACAACAUAAGUUUCUAGGGGAACAAGAUGAACGGUCGGGGACUACAUGGUUGGAAGAGAUGGAGAGGAAGACGGAAGGCCAUCCAGAGGUUAUUAAGUACCUAUGGUUGAAGCAUCACUCUGAGCCCAGGGUAUGGGACCGAGUAACUAAUAAACAAGUAUGUCCUACCCAUUGUUAUGAAUCUUAUGCCUAUUGUCUGAGGAUAAUUAAAGGUCGUUAUCGCCAGAAGUACGACACGGAUGAGCACCUGCAGAAGGCAGAGAGCCAGUUUAAUCGUUGUAUACAGGGACGAGAUUCUGUCCCAGAGUUCGUCGAUAGGUUGGAGAUAUUAGCUAACGAGCUAUGCCACCUAGGCGCGGCUCCUCUAGAGUAUACUUUGAAAUGGCGCCUAUUCACUGGCCUAUCUAAUGAUAAGGUUCGUGAUAAGGUGGAUAAUUAUGUUGCUAAAAGCAGUUAUAGUUAUGAGCGUUUUAGGAAUAAGGUGCUUAGUCAAGCCCAACGUGUAGAACAGUUGGGUAAGGUCUCUUAUAGGGAUAGUAGGAGUUCGGCGAAGAUCUACAUGGUCUCAAACGUGAAAGACUAUGUAAAGAACGACGAGGGUGACUCAAGACUGGUUGACCUCGGUGUACCUAUGGUUAUUGGUGAGGUCAAGCUACAAGGGAAACCCACCACUGCCCUAUUCGAUACAGGGGCGGAGGCAUCGUUAAUUACGUAUUCUUGGCUUGAAGAGUAUGCACCUAAGGUUCAAUAUGAAGAUAUUAUCAUUCCUCGUAUUACUACCGCAGAUGGUUCUGGUAUGGCAAUACUUGGAAGUGUGAUGCUUACAGUGGCUACGAAUAAUAUUGAAAUAGUUGAUCGUUUCAUUGUCACAUCUGAUGAUCUAUCGGUUCCGUUAUUAUUGGGAUGCACUACUUUGUCAAAAUUAAAGACUUCGAUUGUUAUCACUACCAAUGGUAUGAAUAUUGUUACUAAUGUUGUUGAUGUGCCGAAGAUACAAAAAAAGGGUGAGCUUCUCGAAUAA